AUGGCGAGCCGCGGGAAGCGGGACCGGGAGGCGCGGGCGGCCCCGCGGGGCACCGGCGGCGGCAGCGCCGCCUCCUCCUCCUCCUCCUCGUCGCGGGGCUCCUCGCGCAGCCGCCACGAAGGGGAUGCGGAGCGGUCCCGCGGGCGGCGGGAGGGGGAGCGCGAGCGCGGGCGGCGGGAGGCGGCGGACAGCGGCCUGGCGCUGCCGGUGGAUCCCGCUCGCAUCAAGCGGGAGCCGGGUACCGGGAGCGGGGCCUGGGAGCGUCCCGUCGCUGUAAGCGGCCCGGUGCGGGUCAAGCGUGAACGGGAGCCUGAUGGAGACUCCGACCCGGAGCCAGAGCCUGCCGUGCGCUACGGCCGCUUCGACCCCGAGGACCAGCGGAGUCGCCACUGCCCCUACCUGGACACCAUCAACAAGAGUGUCCUGGACUUCGACUUUGAGAAGCUGUGCUCCAUCUCCCUGUCCCACAUCAACGUCUACGCCUGCCUGGUCUGCGGCAAGUACUUCCAGGGGCGGGGGCUGCGCUCCCACGCCUACAUCCACAGCGUGCAGUGCAGCCACCACGUGUUCCUCAACCUCCACACCCUCAAGUUCUACUGCCUGCCCGACAACUACGAGAUCAUCGACUCCUCGCUGGAGGACAUCACGUAUGUCCUCAAGCCUACCUUCACCACGCAGCAGAUUGCCAACUUGGACAAGCAGGCCAAGCUGUCCCGUGCCUAUGAUGGCACCACCUACCUGCCUGGCAUCGUGGGGCUCAACAACAUCAAAGCCAACGACUAUGCCAACGCCGUGCUGCAGGCUCUCUCCAACGUGCCACCUCUGAGGAACUACUUCUUGGAGGAGGACAACUACAAGAGCAUCCAGAGGCCGCCUGGGGACAUCAUGUUCCUGCUGGUGCAGCGCUUCGGGGAGCUCAUGAGGAAGCUCUGGAACCCCAGGAACUUCAAGGCCCACGUCUCACCCCACGAGAUGCUGCAGGCUGUGGUCCUCUGCAGCAAGAAGAACUUCCAGAUCACCAAACAAGGGGACGGAGUGGAUUUUCUCUCCUGGUUCCUCAACGCGCUGCACUCGGCCCUGGGUGGCACCAAGAAGAAGAAGAAGACCAUCGUCACCGACGUCUUCCAGGGCUCCAUGCGAAUCUUCACCAAGAAGCUGCCUCACCCAGACCUGCCGGCCGAGGAGAAGGCUCAGCUGCUGCAGAACAGCGAGUACCAGGAGCUGAUGGUGGAGUCCACCUUCAUGUACCUCACCCUGGACCUGCCCACUGCCCCCCUCUACAAGGAUGAGAAGGAGCAGCUGAUCAUCCCCCAGGUGCCCCUCUUCAGCAUCCUGGCCAAGUUCAACGGCGCCACCGAGAAGGAGUACAAGACCUACAAGGAGAACUUCCUCAAGAGGUUCCAGCUCACCAGGCUGCCUCCCUACCUCAUCUUCUGCAUCAAGAGGUUCACCAAGAACAACUUCUUCGUGGAGAAGAACCCAACCAUUGUCAACUUCCCCAUCACGAACGUGGACCUGCGGGAGUACCUGGCGGAGGAGGCGCAGGCGGCGCACAGCAACACCACCUACGACCUGAUCGCCAACAUCGUGCACGACGGCAAGCCGGCCGAGGGCUCCUACCGCAUCCACGUCCUGCACCACGGCACUGGCAAGUGGUACGAGCUGCAGGACCUGCAGGUGACAGACAUCCUGCCCCAGAUGAUUACCCUCUCCGAGGCCUACAUCCAGAUCUGGAAGCGACGAGAGGAGGAUGAGACCAACCAGCAAGGGGCCUGAGCGGCCUGGGGGCACCCUGCUGGGGGCAC